AUGAGUAGUGAUUCAUUAGAUAUGGCAAAAGAAUGUUUAAAAGCUGAACUAACAAGGCAUGCAUUGAAUUUAUUAAAAGAAACUGGUGUGAAUAUAGUCAGCUUAACUUUUGAUGGGUGUUCAACUAAUGUUAUUAUGGCAAGACUUUUAGGUUGUAGUUUUAAUAUUAAAACACUUAAUACAAAAUUCAUUGUACAUACCACUAAUAAUGUAGAUGUUGAAGUUGUAGUCUUCUUAGAUCUUGCGCAUAUGGUGAAGCUUGAAGAAGAAGGUGCUCUUUUACCAAAUAAAUUGAGGAAACAACAUAUAUUUUUUCAUAAACAAAAAAUGAAGAUAAUGUUAGCUACCCAAUUAUUGAGCCAAUCGGUAGCUGAUGCUCUAAAAUGUUGUAAAAACGUUUUGUGUAUUGAAGAGUUUUCUAAUGUUGAUGCAACUAUAAUAUUUAUUAAAAUAUUCAAUGCUGGAUUUGAUAUUCUUAAUUCAAGAUCAUCAAAUUGUAUUGGAAAUAAAAAGGCAGUAUGUGAGGAAAAUAUUAAAUAA